CGAGGGGGAACGUUGGGAGCAGAUCAUGCAAUGAACUCCUGCCCGUGUGUGUAGAUGGCACUCCCUGCACUCCUGUGGGGGCAGAGGGGGCUGCUGUGGUUGGAGGAGGGAGGAGGAGGGACGGAAAAGGCCCAUGAGUGAAAGGCUGCCUUGAGCCCAGACUCACCCCUGCUCCCCGCUCGGUUCCAGGAUGGCCAGGCUCCUGCGGAUGUUGCGGAGGAAGGCUCUGCAGGUGGCCCCAGAGCCUGAGGGAAGCAGCUGCUGUCUUCCCAAGGGGCAGAGCAAGCCCUGCGUCCCCGCUGGCGGGGAAGCAGGUCCCGUCCAGGCCAGACGGCGGAAGUGCCCGGCCUUCUGGAAAAGGACCCCGGCUCCCGGCGCAGGCGCCGAGCUGGGAGCGGCCCCGACCAGGCCCCAGUGGAGCUGGCCCAGGCUGCGGUUUGGCAGACAGGACCCAGCCCAGGAGGGGCGCCGGGCAGGGUGGCUCUGGGGCUUGUUGUGUGGGCAGCAGCGGCCCCAGGAGCCCAGCCCUCCUUCCCAUCAGGAGGCAUCGCCCUGCCCGGUCUCUGAGGACCUUCCAGCCCCCGCCGGCCAGGAGGGGGAAGGUCCCUGUCCCAGCACCGGCAGCUCAGCCUGGGACAGCGGCAGCACCUGGGCCUCUGGCAGCAGCCAGGCCGACGGGCGCCACUGCUUUGUUCCAGGGACCCCCCUGGAUUCGGAGCAGGAGGAAGGGGUGGACGUGGCCAAAGAUGAAGCUGCUCUCAAGCUCAUCCGAGAGCAGCUCCAGUGCAGAGAUAAGGAUGAGGGGCAGCAGCUCCUGUUCCUUCAGGCCAUCUACCCCGCAUGUCUGGCUGCACGGGAGAGAGGGGAGGACACGCUGGAGCCGCGCUGCUGCAAGGCGGCUGUGGUGAAGAGGAUCGUGGAGCUCAUCGAGGAGCUUCCCGAUGACUCGUCACCGAGCGCCGUCCUCGCCCACUCCCUGGCUGCAGUGGGCAACCUCUGCACCAUGAAACCUGCCCUGGAGCCAGCCCUAGAGACCCACCUCUUGCGAGCUGCCCUUCACUCCGUCUUCACCCUGGGCACGGAGAAGGACACCACCGACAUCCAGGCUCUGCACAAAGUCAUCCCAGAGGUCCUGGAUGCCAUGCUGGGGAACCUGCUGGCAGAGUCCCCAGACACAGACAGACUCCACUUCAUCUUGGAGAAUAUCAACUUGUGGGUCGUGUCCAGGGUGUUGCAGGAGAGAGCCAGGGCCAUCAGGAGCAGCACAGCCCUGCUGAGAUACACAGUCUCCCUCCCUGAGUUUGACAUCUCAGCCAAGUUCCCUAGGAUGGGGCACCAUGUGGCCCAGCUGGCUCUAUUUGUCAGCGAUCCAGACAAGGACAUCAGCCGGCAGGCCAGGGAGGGGACUUACCGGCUCUACCAACUGCUGCUCCAACAGAGGGGCCUGACCAUACAUGACGCGGAAGAUCUCUGGUGCUAUGACUGGCACCAGGACAGAAGGCUCUUGGGCUACAAGAACACAGCCAGAGUGGGGGAGCACGAGGAUGUCACAGCCAAGGUCAUGGGCCAGCUUCACAUCAUCAGGCACUUGCACCAGAUGCCCGAGGUGCUGCAAGGGCUGUGGCUCGUCUGA